AUGGUAGCGCUACCAACAUCUACGACUCAAGAGUCACCAUCAGAUCCAACAGCUCAAUCAAUUUCACUAAACGAAGAUUCGAAGCUACCAGUAUCAUUUACGACCAAAAUAUUCUCCUCAACAGAGCUCCUCUCACAGCCAUGGCUGCCGCAACUCACCGAAGUUAUCAACGAAAGCUUUUUCCUACAACUACCCAACGUCAGGACUGAUGCUAUUAGACUACAUUCAAACACCCAACUUUCCGAAGAACUAGGAGAAAACGGAUUUACGGCUGUCGCCUUUUCUGACACGCAUGGUGGCCAAUUUCCUGGUAACGAGGUGGAAAUCAUCGGAACUGCCAGUGUCAAGGACUGGGUUGAUGAGGGUAUCUGGAGUCGAUAUGACAGCGAAGAACCAGAAAAUGCAAGCGAAAGCAGCCCUCAAAUCCAAGAGAAGUUUGCUUGUGAUGGAGAUCAUGAAGUUGCAGUUGUCGCCAUCCCACCAGGGCCAAGAUAUCGGAAACGAGGGAUUGCAGAGAGCCUGGUCAAGGUGUGCGAACAGGAGAUUCUACGCCGAUUUCACAAGGAAACAGGUGACCGAAAGACAGCCAGGGCAAUGGUCAAGGUCAACAAGGGAGUCAAUGGUCUGUAUUGGUCGAAGAAGGGGUUCACCCCGAUUGGGAGUCGAUGGUGCCCUAAGGGAACGUGGGGGCAGCUUCAGCCGUUCACCAUGUGGGCCAUGGCCAAGGAUCUGUCCAUAAGAGUGACAGUGCGCAUACUGUUAACAACGCGUGCCUUGCAUGGAGUCUCCGUCGCCGUCCCUUGA